AUGCGUUUCGGUCAAACAUUGAAGAGGUCAAUAUACCAACCAUGGAAGGAUCAAUAUAUUGAUUAUGCGAAGCUCAAACACCUCCUACGAGAAGAUUCAGCAUCUGAGGGUGCCGAUAGGCCAUGGACCGCUGAUGAUGAGACAAAGUUCUGCGAGGAGAUCCUGAACGUUCAACUAGAAAAGAUAGCAUCUUUCCAAGCUUCAACCUUUAAGAAGUUGGAGGAGCGUGCUAAUGCAACGGGCGAGAAACUCAAAGAACUUGCGCCUGAAGAUGUGAAAUCGAAAGAUGAUGUGAAUACCGCCAAAUUCAAGAAGAUUGAAGAAGAGCUUGAUGCUAUCAUCAAUGAUACCAAGGAACUAAAGAAAUACAGCAGCAUCAAUUAUACUGCGUUCUUGAAGAUUGUUAAGAAACAUGAUCGCAAGAGGGGUAACAACUAUAAGAUUAGGCCUAUGGUACAAAUGAGUUUGCAGAAGAGGCCUUUCAAUUCGGAACAGGGCUAUUCAGCAUUGCUCAACCAGUUGUCUAUGAUGUACUUUAUUGUUCGCCAACAGCUGGAUGAUAACUCGGAUCCUACCGCGACUUCAUCUGAGGUUCAAUCACAAUCACAGACGCCGGAAAAGUAUACCGCCUAUAAAUUUUGGGUUCACCCCGAUAAUCUUUUGGAAGUCAAAACGUAUAUUCUUCGCCGACUUCCAGCCGUGGUAUAUAGUGAACCAUCCUCGAAAAGUCCCGAACCCCAAGCCGACCCGACCCUUAACUCUCUCUAUCUCGACAGCCCAGACUUCACAUUGUAUGAUCAAAAGAGAGAAAAGAAGGAAGAGGCAACAUCACUGCGGAUAAGGUGGUACGGCCAAUUGAAGGACAAUCCAGAGCUUCAUUUCGAACAAAAGAUUGCACAUGAAAAUGGCACUAGCGAAGAAAAGAAGCUUUUGAUAAAGGAAAAGUACAUCGACGCUUUCAUCAAAGGCGAAUACAAGAUGGAGAAGAGCAUACAAAAAAUGGAACGGCAAGGACAGCCAGAAGCCAGAAUUGAGGCCUUCAAGAAAACCGUGGACGAUAUUCAAUCACUCAUCAAGAAGAAUGGCCUGCAACCAAUGUUGCGAGCUAAUUACACGCGGACGGCCUUUCAGAAGCCGUUGGAUGACAGAGUCAGAAUAUCUAUCGAUACUCAAUUGGCAUUCAUUCGGGAAGACUGUAUAGACGAGGAUCGACCUUGCAGAGAUCCUAAGAGCUGGCACAGACGCGACAUCGAUAGUAGUGCCAUGUCGUAUCCGUUCAGCAACAUAAACCCAGGUGAAAUAUCGAGGUUCCCAUAUUCGGUAUUGGAGAUCAAGGUUAGGGAUGGUGCAACCAAGAAGCAGCCUCAAUGGGUACAGGAUUUGAUGGGUUCACAUCUUGUGUACGCAGCCCCAGGAUUCUCUAAAUUUCUCCAAGGUGCUGUAUCUCUUUUCGAAGAUUAUGUCAACGAUUAUCCUUCGUGGCAUGGAAACUUGACGGAUGAUAUUCGCAAAGACCCACAAGCGGCAUUCGAUGAAGAUCAAUCCCGGAAAGCAAAGCAGGCCGAGAAUGAUCUUGUAGUUGGUAGCUAUUUAGGAACUUCCCAUAAAGCUAGUGCAAGCUUCAAACCUGCUGUCAGCUCACCAGUGGGUAGGUCAUAUAUGGAGGAGAGAAUGAUCACUGAGGAGAGGGCUGGCAGAAGAUCUCACCUGGAUGGUCCUGCAACUUCUGGAGAUGCUGGGAAUGAUGAAGAAGAGACUAGAGAUUCGAGAAAUGAAAGUGGAUAUGGUACAUUGGCAUCUGUGUUUCCAUCUUUCUCUCUCUCUCGUUAUGCCCAAUCGCGCCGAUCAAGAAGUGUUCAAUUACCUCCAGGCGUCACCAAACCUACUCAAUACAUCAAGGAUUCAGGUCCUUUACAAGUCGAACCCAAAGUUUGGCUGGCUAACGAACGUACAUUUUUGAAAUGGCAACAUAUAUGCAUAUUAUUGGGAUCUCUUGCCGUUAGUUUAUACACGGCCGCAGGGUUGGAUGAAAUUGCAGAAGCUAUGGGUAUUGCAUAUAUUAUCAUUGCUAUAUUUGCUGGAGGUUGGGGCUACUGGAUGCAUUACACGCGGCGAAACAUGAUUGUUGCCAGAAGCGGAAAAGAUUUUGAUAAUUUGAUUGGGCCAAUGAUUGUCAGCGCUGCCCUCAUGAUUUCGUUAUUUCUCAAUUUCUUCUUCAAGUAUCGACAAGCUAUGGAAAAGUACCGAGAGGAUGGAUCUCAUUCAACCAACAUCAUGUUGGCCAAUCAAACCUCUGAGGAUUUCAAGAUUGAUCUCCUUACUACUGUUUUUGAGAAACUUUGUUUGAGGAACUUGGUCACACAAGAGUGCGAUAGUGAGAAGGUGAUAAUGGUUGGUGUUAAAGACAAGAUAGCCAGUUUAAUUCUGGGCAAGAAGAAGAGUGAGGAUGGGCCAGAGCCGGAGCCAGUAAUUGAGGAUGAGUAUGAACAGAGACCGAGAAGGGAACGAAGAAAACAUCGGAGGAGUAGGAGAAAUCGGGAUAAGCGUUCAAGGGAUGGAGAUGAUGGGGAGCGCGAUGCUGGAUAUGGAUCGACUUCUCCUCACAGACAUCGACAUCGAGAUAGCAAAGAUCGCGAAGAUGACGAAAAUCCUCGAAGACAUCAUUCGGUCAAAUUAAGUACCUCGACCUCCCGUUCACCACAUACAGAUCAUAGACGUCGCGCAGAUGAUGAACCGCAUUCUGCUUCUCCGAAAAGACAUCCUUCGAUUAAGCCAAGUACUUCUACCUCUCGUUCGCCCCAUCAUGCAAGACCUAGCACAGGCAGAUCAUCGAAAUACACAGAAGAGGGUGUAAGAGCGCCUAAGGUUAAAUCAUCGAUAGAAUGGCCACCUGUUGGUCACUCGCACGAUGAUGAAUUGUCGCAAGGGAAAGCCAUGCAACUGAUUGCGACCGGGGUACCUGUUUUCAGAGGAACGAUGGAAUCGAUCCCACAUGCUUCGGAUGAAUACUUUGCGCUAUAUGCGACUUGUCAUGGAAAUGGAGGAGCCGGAAGUGAUCGUGCGGAGAUAUUUAGUAGGGCAUUUCUGGCGGAUUCUAUGCGAUUACAAGGACCUGGUGAAGCAAAUCGACCAUGGGAUACUCUUGAACAACCAAGUAUGGCUUUUGCUUAUGGCACAUUGAGAGGCACGAUUACAUUGAAUCACUGGUGUAGCAUUAAUGGCAAACCUCAUGCACCUAUUGAGCUUCGAGACCCGGGUGUUCAGACGUUGAGAGAUGUGGAUCUACAAAUUAUAUUGGAUCGAUUGAUAUAUUUGGAAAGUGGAAUCGAUGAUGAAAAUGAGGAUAUGCUGUAUAAGAGUUUAUACAAAAUUUUACUUAAGGACCUCGACAAGUCAUUCAUCGCUAAAAAGGGGAUGGAGAAACAAAUUGCGGAUUUAAUAAUUGCGUUGUCGAGACGUGAGUGGAUCGAUUUUAGUCAACCUAGGAAUCAUGUUGUGGCUAAAUUCUUUGUUGAUGGGGCAUAUUCUGAUCAUGGAAGAUAUCGAGCCUUUUUUCAUCAAUUGUUGUUGAGCAUGGAGUUGGAAUUGAGGAUUCAGUCGAAGCAUCAUUCGGAAGAAGCAAAGGAGAGAUUGCUAGCACAAUUACCACCGUGGAUUUCUUGGGAUCUGGCUGUUGCGAAGAAGUGGAGAGAAUGUAUGACUAUUGAGAAGUAUAAGACUACCGAUGAUCUUCAGCAGGUUAAGUUUCGCCUUCUCAAAAAGAGAUCACAAGUCAAAGCUCUACGCAAAUUUUCAAGAGCUAUGAAGUGGCCUAAUUUACUCAUGGUAGAUGAAGCUUUAAAAGAGCUAGAUCCAGAUGCUUCACCUCUUGAAGAUCGGUCUGCAGAUGCUAUGUCUUAUUGUACUGGCUUAAUCUUACCAGGACCAACUCAACCAUGGCUACUCAUGAAUACUUUAAUUGACUGCGAUGAAGAUGGAGGUGCUGAUCUUGGUGGCCUUACACAUAUGCAUCCCAAUUCUGGCUUCCAAUAUAGGGGUAGUACGUAUUGGGCAUCUACUUGUAUCGUUGGUAAAGUUCUCGCUCCUACUUGUCAAGAGAUUGCUGGUUGGAUUGGUCCGGCUCUCGCUUCUGUGGAUAUUGAACGCACUCAAGUAUUGCGAAUUCGUCAACGUAUGUCUCCUCAAACUAUCACCAAAACCGACGUCCUAAGCAUGAGAGUUCGAUCUGAUCCUCUUGGUCCUCCCGAUCCAAACGAUCCCGUUUAUCCCGUGAGCGAAUUCGUAUUACCCAAGCUCGACUUGGAAUCUCCACCCAUAGAUAAUAUCCGUAUUGAAAAAUUAGCGUUCGACGUAGCGAAACCAAAUCAGCAGCUUGAUGGUGGCUCCCCAAAGAGAAGUAGCGAGAUAGGAAAGAGACCACCUACUUAUGAUGCAUGUGUGGUUUUUGCUAGGAGAGGACAAUCGCAUUGGUUGAGAUUAGCUCAUGAUGUUUCUUUCAUCACGGCGUAUCCUUGUUCUAAUGGUCCACAUGUUCUCUUCUUCGACUACGUUUAUAAAGUCGCGCGCAUGAACCAAUUACUCGAUAUACAUAACUGGGCUGGAGUCGGCGGCGCCAAUUUAAACGAAGAUUUACAAUUGGGAUGGGCGCCACAACCGGAGGAAUUAGGUAUUCAGGGCUCGUGGGAUGAAGGUUAUGAUAUGAAGGGGGCACAAUGGAAAUUUAAUCAACUCAUGGAGGGAGUGGAUAAGGAUACGGUGUUGGUGAUUGAGGCGUGGGGCGUGGAGGAUAAUGAGUGUAUGGCUAGGGCGUGGUGUAGUCAUUGGGGAUUGAAUGCUGUGGUGGCGGUGGUGGGGAGGAGUUGUUUGGCUUGUGCGGUUAGGGAGGCGUAUGCGGCGGCGGUUAAUGUGGUUAUUUUUGUGGGGGGUGCGGGGGAGGGUAGAGAGGGUGGGGGAUAG